ACACAGGAAGAUCACACCAUCCCCCACCAUCAUCAGAGUGACAUGAACGUUGAGGUUAAAAAGGAAGAAGAGACAUAUGUAAAGGGUGAUCAACAGUUUACCAAAGAUAUUGAGAUGGUUGUGAUUAAAGAAGAGGAAUCUUCCCUAGGUAUUGGCACCGAUGAACAUGAUGUCCAGAACAUUUCCGAGUUCCAUCCCAACCCAUCAUCCCUUAUUAAUGAACAAAAUCUGGAUGUAUAUGAAAGGGAGAACACAGUGGAGUUUGUAUUUUCCUGUUCCAAGUGCAGGAAAUGUUUUAAGUCAAGAAAGGACCUAGUGGAACAUCAAAUAUGCCACAGCAAAGAACAGAUGGUUGACAGUGGAGAGCUUCCCUAUUCAUGUUCAGAGUGCCGGAAAUCUUUUAGAAGACAUUGCGAGCUUCGUUCACAUCUAAGAGCUCACAGGAAAAAGAGGUCUUGCUCAGAAUGUGAGAAAACCUUCUUCACCAAAAAGCAACUCUUUCGACACCAGAGAGUUCACACCGGUGGGGAGACCUUUCCAUGCUCUGAGUGUGGCAAACGUUUCAUGUUGAAAUAUCGACUUUUUAGACACGAACAAUGCCACGAAGGAAAACAGGCCUUAGUUCACGGCGGCGAGCGGCCCUAUUCGUGUUCCGAAUGCGGAAAAUCUUUUGGAAGAAAAUGCGACCUUCAUACGCAUCAAAAAUCUCACACGGAAAAGUGGUCCUGCUCCGAAUGCGAGAAAUCCUUCAUAACAAAAAGGGAACUUGUGAUACACCAGAGAACUCACACCGGUGAGAACUUUUCCUGUUCUCAGUGCGGGAAGUGUUUUGGAAACAAAUACGGACUUAAUGCACAUCAGAAGGUCCACAUGAAGAACUGGUCUUGCUCAGAAUGUGAUAGAACCUUCAUAACGAAAUUACAACUCGAUAAACACCAAAUCGUUCACACCGGCGAGAAGCCCUUUUCGUGUACCGAGUGCAGCAAGUGUUUCUUCUGUAAAGCAAGCCUCAAGAAACACAUGAAGAUCCACACUCACGAGAAGCAGUUUUCCUGUCCGGAGUGUGGGAAAUGUUUCCUGUUUCGAAAAUCUCUUCUUGUCCACCAGAGCACUCACAUUGGCGAGCCUCCCUACUCGUGUCCAAAGUGCAAGAAGUCGUUUGAUUCCAAAUCUGAAUUCGCACUACAUCAGACGGCUCACACCGGGGCAAAGACCUAUUCGUGCUCCGAGUGCGACCAAUCGUUCCUCCGUAAAUCGCAGCUUGUUAUUCACCAGAGACACCAUACCGGCGAGAAGCCGUUUGUUUGUCCCGAGUGCGGCAAAGGCUUUGCGUACAAAGCCCCCCUCAGAUCCCAUUUGAAGAUCCACACUGGCGAGACGUUACUUUCCUGUCCGGAGUGCGGGAAAAAAGUGUGCGGGAGGAAAUUUCUUCUCAUCCACCAGAGAAUUCACACGGGCGAGCGUCCUUUUUCGUGCCCCGAGUGCGACAAGUCCUUCAAGGCCAAGUUCCACCUCACUCUACACAAAAAGAUACACAUCGGAGAGAGGAAGUUCACUUGUUCGGAGUGCGAGAAAUCCUUCUUGACGAAAUCGCAUCUUAUGACGCACAAGAAGACUCACAGCGAUGAAAGGCCCUUCUUGUGCUCCGUGUGCGGCAAAGGCUUUAAGCAAAAAGGGAACCUCGAUACCCAUCAUAAGCUCCACGUUGGAGAGAAGCCGUUUUUAUGUUCAGAGUGUGGGAAAGGUUUUAAACAGAACUCGGAACUUGUUAGGCACCAGAAGAGUCACAUGAGCGAGCGUCCUUUUUCGUGUUCGGAGUGCGGGAUGCGGUUCAAGCGGAAAGAGUUUCUAGUUAGACAUCAGAGGGCGCAGGGACACUGAAUUUGUUCUAAAAAAAUUAAGUUUUUUUUCUAAUGUCAUUAAAAACGUGUGUGUGGGCUUCAGAGCAUUUU